AUGAGAGUAGUAGUAGUUUCUUCCUCUGUCUCCCUCUCUUUGCAACUAUCCUUUCUUUUUCUCCUUGCUUUUACUAUUAGAUCGAGCUCAUCUCCGGUGAACGAUCCGUUUCUCGGCAUUUCUCCUCAAGAUGAGAAGUAUUACAAAUCAUCGUCGGAGAUAAAGUGUAAGGAUGGAUCAAAGAAGUUUACGAGAGCUCAACUUAAUGACGAUUUCUGCGAUUGUCCAGACGGAACUGACGAACCAGGGACGUCAGCUUGCCCAAAUGGAAAAUUCUAUUGUCGGAACGCAGGCCAUUCUCCAAUGGUUCUGUUUUCAUCCAGAGUCAAUGAUGGGAUCUGUGAUUGUUGUGAUGGAAGUGAUGAGUAUGAUGGUAAAGCGACCUGCUCAAAUACAUGCUGGGAGGCUGGAAAAGCAGCUAGAGAAAAGCUGAAGAAGAAAAUCGAAACGUAUACGCAAGGGCUUGUGAUAAGGAGGAAGGAAAUCGAACAGGCGAAAGUGGGUCUGGAGAAAGAUGAAGCAGAACUGAAGAAGCUGAAAAGCGACGAGAAGAUUUUGAAAGGCCUUGUUCAACAGCUGAAAGAGCGUAAAGAAGAAAUUGAGAAGGUAGAGGAGAAGGAGCGUCUACAGAAAGAAAAGGAGGAGAAAGAGAGAAAAGAUGCUGAAAUAGCAGCUCAGCCAGGAAAGGGAGAUGCUGAGGAGAAGAAAGAUGAUGGUGAAAAAGUUGAAGGAAGCACACAUGAUGAAGGGAUUCCUGAAGUUCCAGAGCAUGAUGAGAACGUGCAUGAUGAUGAUAUUGGUACUUACAAGGAUUUUCCUACAGAUGAGGAGCCAGCAGCUGAAGCUGAACCAACAAGUACAUUGGAAGAGGCUGCUCACACUAAUCCAGCAAACGAGCAUGUUGUAGAGACGAAGAAGGAAUCUCCUUCAUCUGAGGAUUCCUCAACAGAUGGAUCUCAAAAUGAUGGUAGUACCAAAGAGGAGCAAUCAAACGAGGAGGGUCUUGAAACCGAGAAGAAGGAAGAGUUGUCAAAGGAGGAGUUGGGGCGUCUUGUCGCCUCUCGUUGGACAGGAGAGAAAUCUGAUAAGCCAACUGAGGCAGAUGAUGAUAGCCCCAAAGCUGAUGAUAUGGAACACCAUGAUCCCACGCCCAUCCCUCCACAUGAAGCAGAUGAAGAUGAUGGGUUUGUAUCAGAUGGCGACGAGGAUACAACCGACGAUGGAAAGUACAGUGACCGUGAUCCCGAAGAUGAUACCUACGAAGAGGAGUAUCGCCAUGAUUCUAGUGAUUCUAGUCCUUCCUACAAAUCCGAUGUAGAAGAUGAUCUCGAUUUAUCAGAGACCACCUCAAAUCCUACUUGGUUGGAGAAGAUACAAAAGACUGUCAAGAACAUUUUACAGGCUGUGCAUAUAAUCCAAACCACUCCAGUGGACAAAUCAGAGGCUGAUCGGGUACGCAAGGAAUACGAAGAGUCGAACUCAAAACUGAACAAAAUACAGUCAAGGGUAUCGAGCUUAGAGAAGAAGCUAAAACAAGACUUUGGACCGGAGAAAGAGUUCUAUUCAUUCCACGGUCAUUGUUUUGAGAGCAAACAGGGCAAGUAUACUUACAAAGUUUGUGCGUAUAAAGAAGCAACACAAGAGGAGGGCUAUUCCAAAACUCGAUUAGGGGAAUGGGAAAAGUUUGAGAAUUCGCACCAAUUUAUGACAUAUACAAACGGAGAUAAAUGCUGGAACGGUCCUGAUAGAAGCUUAAAGAUUAAGCUAAGAUGUGGAUUGAAAAAUGAGCUUAUGGAUGUCGAUGAACCAAGCCGUUGCGAAUAUGCAGCAGUUUUAUCUACUCCAGCUCGCUGUUUGGAAGAUAAACUUAAAGAACUACAAGAAAAGCUCGAGAAGCUGAUGAACCAAGACCAACCUCAGAAGCACGACGAACUCUGA